AUUGAAGCAGCAGAGAAUGUUCUCGUUCAAGCGUGACAUCGAUUUCACCGGCUACAGCUUCAUCGUACCGUCCGUGAGUGUCGGCAAUGUUCCGCAGCUGGCAGUGGACGCGAUCGUUGAAACGCUUCAACUCGAACCAAUCGGCCAACUUUGGCAUCCGGCCCUGAUACCAAUCGUUGGAGCGGCCGCUUUCGAACAUGAACCCACCGGUUCCGUAACCACCACUGCCGAGCUGUACCUUUCCGAAUCGAAGCGCCUCUUGGUAUUGCAGCUGCGUGCCCCACUUGUCGGUUCCUCGCUUCAACGGGAGUUCCUUGAACAGUGCGCCGAUUUCGUGCGUGAUCGCCACUUUGCCCAAGUAUACCUUCUGAGUAGCUGUUUUUCACACGAAAAGUCCAACAUCCGUGCGGCACCGUUCAGUUACGUCUCGAACGAAGCGUAUGAUCGAACCCCGAAUGCUUCCCGGCUGACGGCGGAUGAACGGUGGACGAAGCAUCCGCCGGGUGGUGCCAUACACGGUGGAGGGUUCGGAGCAAAGCUGCUGGAAUUACUGACCAACCGUGGCGUGGCCACUGUGCUGUUGUUCAUGUACGUUUCGGAAGGCGACAACACGAGCGAGGGACUUACGAUGGCACGAAUUCUGAACGCCGUUAGUGGCGAUAUCUUGCUUCCGGCUGGGCAGGACGAAGCCAACUUCCGGUGGCCCAAAUCGUGGCAGCAUCUCUUCGGCAGCUCGCAUCCCAGAUCAUUGUACUGAGUGUCCCACUGAUGAGAAUGGGA